AUGAAGGAUCAGGCAACAAGCCCAAUCGUGAUUGAGGAUGAUGCUUCUGAAAAUAAUGAUGAUGAAAGGAUACCAGAUGCAUCAAACCGCUCUGUCAAUGUACAAGAUAAUUUGGAGAAUACACCUAAUGAAAAUAGUGGAAAUGAUUCUCAGGAUUCAGCUACGAAUGAUGGGAAUAAUACUAUUCAAAUUUGGCUAUUGAGACGUUUGCCAAGGCGUUCAUCAAGACAAUCAGUUACCUUUGGAAACAACACCUGUGAGCACAAUAUCUUGCAGGGCUUAUUGCAAGAAUUAUCUACGCCUGUCAGAAGAGAAUCUAUCGAGAAUAAUGAAGUUGCUAAAGAUGAUUCGGAAGCUUCAAUACCAAGGCUUUAG